AAAUUGUUUUACUGAGUUGUACUCACAACUAUCAUUUUGACUGAAACUGAAUUCAUUGGAAUAAAUAAAAGAUUCUGAAUAUAUUUUAGUCAUUUUAUUUUAUACAUAUUUUAGAGUUUUAUAAUUAGUUACGGGGCAGUCGCCGGAGCAGUUAAUUUCCAAAAUGGCGAAGUUUCCAUCUGUAAAUGAGAUAGUGGGAGAUCAUCUAAAUACCUACGAUUCAUUUUUCAGUGAGGCAGACGUGAAUAAAACAGGUUGUGUUGGUGCGGUUGAUGCAGCAAACUAUUUACGAAAGUCAGGGUUACCACAAAAUAUACUUUCAAAGAUCUGGGAUUUAUCAGAUCCUCACGGAAAAGGAUUCUUAGAUAAGCAUCGCUUCUGUGUAGCUUUAAAAUUCAUGGCUUUACACCAAAGUGGAUUUGACUUAAGUAUGGCUAAUUUAUCUAGAAGAACACCUGCCCCUACAUUUACUGAUAGUCCACAUAGUAGUCCAGCAAAGAGUAUGUCUCCCGCAUAUGAUUGGGAAAUAAAACCAUCGGAAAGAAAUAAAUAUAAUGCAGUUUUCGAUACGUUACAACCUAUAAAUGGACUGUUAUCUGGCGAUAAAGUUCGACCGGCUUUCAUGAAUUCUAAAUUAAAUGUGGAGGUUUUGGGCAAAAUUUGGGACCUAAGUGACAUUGACAAGGAUGGUUUUUUAGAUAGAGAUGAAUUCUGUCUUGCAAUGCAUCUCAUUUAUCGAACUCUUGAAAAUGAUCCGCUUCCAAAUAAUCUGCCUUCGACAUUAAUACCUCCAAGCAAACGUCGACGGGCGCCCUCUCUCUCUGGUGCUGUUCCAGUAUUACCUAAUGUUGAUUCUGGUCGGAGCAGUCCAGCGACACCUCUCAGUGGAUCGAUGGUAGAUAUUCACGUUGACGAGAAAGCUAGAUACGAAAUGAAGUUUAAGCAAAUUGAUACAAAUCAAGAUGGUUUAGUAAAUGGUGCAGAAGUAAAGGAUAUAUUUAUGCAAAGCGGUCUUCAUCAAUCUGUUUUAGCCCAUAUAUGGAAUUUAUGUGAUUCAAAGGGUACUGGUCAAUUAACUUGCGAACAAUUUAUGCUAGCGUUACAUUUCAUUGAGAAAAAGACCCAACACGACAUCGAACCUCCAACUGUUUUAAGUCAAGAUAUGAUACCUCCUUCAAUGAGGGUUGCUUCGUCUACCAAUUCAUUAAACGAACUGGACUCUUUAACUCAGGAAAUUACUAUAUUGAAAAGGGAAAAAUUAAAGUUAGAACAGGAACGAACUCAGAAAGAAGCUGAUGUAAGAAUUCGAAAUGGCGAAGUAACAGUUGCCGUAAAAGAGUUGGAAGCCAUUAGUGCUACACUACAUCAAUUGGAACGCCAGAAAGGAGAAGCUCAAAAAAUGCUAGACGAAUUAGAUGAUAAACGCUCAAAGCUGAACGAUAGUGUAAAUGAGGCAAAGGCUCAAUGUGAAGCCGAACAAAGGGAAAUUGACAAUCUUAAUUCUAAAUUGAACAGUAGUGAACUCAUGGAUCAAGAAAAAGAGUUGAAUGACCUGAAAAGAAAAUUAGAUUCAUUAAAUUCUGAAGAGAAAGAUCUUCAUUUCCGAAUAAACUCUGAACAAAGGAGACUUGAGGAAUUAAAACAAACUUUUACUAGUACAACUUCAAAAAUAGAACAGGCGGAAGAAACGAAGAAAACGCUAGAAAAUAUUCACAAAAUGGCAGAAGAGAGCGUAGAACAAUAUAAAAAAUUGUUAAGCGGAGAAAAUGGCAUUAAAAUUCCAGAAGCAAUCGACUGGAGCAUCGGGCAAGAAGUUCAGACAAAUAACCAAAAUAAUUUUGCUUCAAGCAAUAAUUCUACUGUUUUUCCAACGUCAUUUUCAACUAAGAGCGAGACAACUUCUCUUUUUAAAGAGGAUCCUUUUAAAGGAACUGAUCCUUUUGCUACAUCAGAUCCGUUCAAGAAUGAAGAUCCCUUCAAAAAUGAUACUGGUAAAACUGAAGAUCCAUUUUACGAAGCCGAUCCCUUUGGUGGAAAUGACCCCUUUAAGUCCGAAGUUUUGGGAUCGUCCAAUACCUCAUCCAACAUGCAGAACGGCACGUUCAGUUCAGGUUCAACAGCUUUUGGAAAUGGUAUGGCGGCUACGAGCACACCAUCUAAUACUAUUCACACUGCGAAUAAUCGUACUGUUCCAUCAAGUCUGAUUAAUUCUAAUGCGCUUUAUGACCAAGAUGAUCUUUUCGACAAGGCUUUUGAUUCUGCAAAAACCUCUAAACCAGUCAAUUCUUCAUACGACCCAUUCGACCCUUUUGGCGAAGCAGCUGCAAAUAUAACAUCUCCUGUUAAUCAAGACGAUCCAUUCGGACAGGAUCCUUUCAAGCCGAAAGCAGUAAAGAAGAAAGCCCCCCCAGUCUCUACAUCCAACAGUAAUACCCCUCCUCCAAGACCAGCCUUUCCUCCCGCUACAAAAUCUGUAAGCCCUGCAUUUCGGGAUGCUUUUGGAGGGGCAGAUCCGUUUGCAAGUAUGCCGACAGAUAAGAACAACGAGGUCACUGGAUUCGCCGAUUUUAGCAAUCAGAAUUCAUUUUCACCAUCAUUCACAUAUCCUGCAAAAUUGGCUUUUACUAACGAUGAUAACCAAAUGGCAUGGGCGAAGAAGGAAAGUGAACAAAGCGAAUCGGAGAGGAUACGAAGACUUGCUGAGCAAGAAAAAGCUGAUUUAGAAUUAGCUAUUGCUUUAUCAAGAUCUGAUAUGGGUACCUCCGAUGCCUAA